ACGUUUGCGAAGUCGAGCGACGAGAUGCGAAAGACCACUCCCCGGAUGGUGACAAGGUAGAGAGAGAGAGGGAGAGAGGGCGCGCGCGUACGCAAAAGAGAAGAGAGAGAGAAAGAGGUUGUUGAACAGGCAGUCGGUACGAGGACAGGGAAAGAAUGGAGGAGAGAGUAGGAGGAACAGGAGUGGAAAGAUGGGGUAAGCACGAUGCGUGUGUGCGUGUGCGAUGGGCGGCGGUGUGUGGGCGAACAACGGAGGGAAUGGAGAGGGAACAGGAGAGAUUAGCAAUAGAGAUAAUGAUUAGUGAGAGAGAGUGUGUGUGAAUGAGCGAUGGUGGACCAGGACGCACUCUGCAGGACAGGGAAAAGCUCGUUGGGUCUCUGUCGAAGGGGAACCAGAAGAAGGGGGGAUGAAGGAGAGAGAGUGAUGAGUGAAAUUGUGUGUGAGUGGUGCGUUGGCGGCCCCUCCGUACUGUACUAUGGGUGCCCGGGGGUGUGUGUGGGUGUGUGUGUUGGUGUGUUGGUGUGUGCCGGAGUGGGUUUCGUCCUGUGCGAUGAUGCCAAUAGUAUCAAGUACUCCUGCACUCCAAGGCUCUCACGGCUCUCUCCAAUUUCGAGGCUUGCUGUUGGUGGUACGGGAGGGUGGAUUCCACCAAAACCCUUCUCUCGUGGCUGCCACUGGUCGAUCCAACCCUCUCACACACUGCCCAGGUGGUCUCUAUCAUCAUGGCCUUGGAAGGAAAGUGCGGCCGAAUUGGGCGAGAAAUCAUAAUCCCAAGAGGGAGCACUCAGAUGAUGAUGGUGAACGAACAGGAACCAUGGUUCUUCCUCGAUUGGUCAUUCCCGCACGCACAUGAACUCACUCU